ACCUCCCUUCCCUUCCCCCCCGCCAUGGUAUCCACGCACAGUGCCGCGCUGAACAGAGGCUCUCUGGAUGUCAGUCACUUUUACCAGAGAACAGACGGCAGCGGCAGCAGGAGGAGCGGAGACGGUAAUCCCCCACCUCAUCCACCCCACCCCUCUCCAAAAACCGGAGGCAGGAGAGGAACAAAACCACACGGGACACCUGUGUAUUACUGGACACCCACCUUCUGAUGCGUUUUAGUUUCCCUCCGAAAUAACAAAGAGCGCAUAUGUGCAUUAAACCGGCUUGAAGACGAGGAAACAGGCAGCGGAAUCAGCCUCCAUCCUCGUCACCAGCAGCAGCAGCGGCGGCGGCAGCAGCGGGAGCUUUCAGAAGGUCCGCGGAUGGAGAUGCGCUUUGAAGGCGGAGGUCUGGUGUUCAUGUAGCAGCGGCUUGCAGGGUCGUGCCGCAUUGCCCGGCCGCUUUGAGCAGCGCUCGGAGAGACGGUGAUGCUGUCGUCGUCAUUGUGUCACAGAAAGAGAGAGAGAGCGCGGAGAGGCUUUGACAUGGAGGCGAGUCUUUUGGCUCCGAGCUCAGGCCACCCGGAUCAGCAGGUUGGACGUGCAGCCUGAAGCACCGGAGGACGCGCUUUCAUCACAUGCGCCGUGGGGAAUUAUAAUAAAGUUGAAGUCUUGGAGGUGGGAUUCAAAAAAUGAUUGUGUGCGUAAAAGUGAGUGGCCCAUAUGUGGGGAAUGCAUCACGGGAUCAUCAGAGCAGCAGCGUCUGUGCCAGUUCAGGGUGGAUUACGUCUACAGAGCAGCGGGCCUCCAUCUGAAGUCAGCUACUGAUCAGGGAAGCAGAGAGGAAAAACAGUUCACUUCCCUGCCCUGUUGCUGCCGGAGGAAGCCAUUUAUUCGGCUGUUUUGUUGGAGGCUGCUGUAGUGCGAACCCCCGCGGAGGGACAGCUGUUGCAAACGAUGACUCACUUGCAGGCUGGCCUCUCUCCAGAGACCCUGGAGAAGGCCAAGGUGGAGCUGAAGGAGAACCCAGAGACUCUCCACCAGGACAUCCAGGAGGUCCGGGACAUGAUCAUCACUCGGCCGGACAUCGGCUUCCUCAGAACAGACGACGCGUUCAUCCUCAGAUUCCUCAGGGCGAGGAAAUUCAACCACUUUGAGGCCUUUCGGCUGCUGGCACAGUACUUUGAGUACAGGCAGCAGAACCUGGACAUGUUCAAGAACCUGAAGCCCACCGACCCGGGCAUCAAACAGGCUCUGAAGGAUGGGUUUCCCGGCGUCCUCUCUAAUCUGGACAAAUACGGCAGGAAGAUCCUGGUCCUAUUUGCAGCCAACUGGGACCAAAGCAGAUACACGUUUGUGGACAUCCUGAGAGCGAUCCUGCUGUCGCUGGAAUCCAUGAUUGAGGAUCCCGAGCUGCAGGUGAACGGCUUCAUCCUCAUCAUCGACUGGAGCAACUUCACCUUCAAGCAGGCGUCCAAGUUGACCCCCAGCAUGCUGCGGCUGGCCAUCGAGGGGCUGCAGGACAGUUUUCCUGCAAGAUUUGGAGGGAUCCACUUUGUGAACCAGCCCUGGUACAUCCAUGCCCUCUACACCGUCAUCCGACCUUUUCUCAAAGACAAAACCAGGAAAAGGAUCUUCAUGCACGGAAACAACCUGAACAGCCUCCACCAGCUCAUCCACCCAGAGAUCCUGCCGUCGGAGCUGGGCGGGAUGAUGCCUCCGUAUGACAUGGGGACCUGGGCGCGCACGCUGCUGGACCACGCCUACGACGAGGAGACUGAUUACUGCCCGGAGUCCUACACGCUGUCAGUGCAAGACCUGGAGAGAGACCUGGAGAAAAACAUGUCCCCGAAAACCAUGAGGAGGUCUCAGUCGGUGGUGGAACCAGGAGUCCUGAAGAGACCGGACAAAGUCAAGAGCGAAGAAGACAACAUGCAGCCGCUGCUCUCGUUGGACUAAAACCCACAUAAUUAUGGUGGAGGAGCAGAAACAAAUCCAUAUUUCAUUUCCUAAAUAAUUACACGUGCACACACUGGAAGCUACUCGCAUUCUGCGAAAAGACAAUUUACUUCAAAAAAAAAGAAAAAAAAAAAGCAGCUGCUGCUGUCGGAACUUCAGAACUUCACGGAAAGCAGACGGCAGCGGAGACGCCUCUGGAAACUGAGGGGAAACCGACGAGCUUCUGAUGGUCCUCUACACAGUAUAUUUAUUUAUGUAGUUACAUGUCAAGUGCCAAUUGCAGAAACUGUAAAUAUGAAGUCUUUAAACAAUCCAGGACGGAGCGGGGGGGGGGGGGAACUCAUGUUGUAAAGCAAAGCUACGGAGGAGCCCUGGAUGUGUGAAGGUAACGGUUCCCACGGUUGCCGAGUAUUACAAGAUUAGGACGAAUGUGUGGAAACUGCAAAGCAUCUUUUAAAGAGGGCUUCUGGCCACGGCUCCUGUAAGCAGCACUCUUUUUUUUAUAUCUUUGUGAAGAAAAACACUCUAUAUGGACAAGAAGGCGGCCUCAGAGUAACCAAAAGGAACUAUUCAUCCUUCUCAACCUGAGCUGGAAAGCAGGAACUGUUUUUUUUUUUUUGGGGGGGGGAGGGGUCUCGUAGAAGAUUUUGCAUCUUUCCAGUGACAGUAAUGUCUCAAAGUUACGUCUCUCUCCAGGUAUCUUUUGGAAAAAGCAAACCUCCCUUUACGGUAAGAGUUGGCUCUAUGAAUCAUCGGCUUUCAUUCCCCUUCAGCUAUUUUCGCUGCGUCUGACCCAGAUGUCACCGAAAAGCGGGCUCUCCUCCGCCAUUAGAGAGCCUAAAAGCCGCAAGCUCACAUCCUCCUGUUUGCUGGGCAGAAUUUAAUGGGUAGCCACAAAAACGCGGCUAAACACAAUUCUAUAAAAGCAAAGGUCUCCUUACUUUGUGGCACAUGUCGUGUCAACAGAUUGGGCUUUUUGGUAAUAAUGUUCAUCCUCUCCCCCCCAAACAAAUUAAUUAAAUCUAAGAUUAUCACGGAGUAGCAGCAGCUUAACUUAUCACUUCAGGGUAAAUGCUUUCUCAAUGUGUAAGAUUUAUAGGAAUAGACGUUAUAGAGUGCAGCAUAUCCUCUGCUUCUGCAGGAAAUCACAUGUACAUAACGCAGAAAUAGGCUCUGCAGUUUAUUUUCUUUGCACUCACUUCGGGUUCAUGUUUAUGAUGCAGCUAAAAAAAAAAAGGAACUAUUUUGCAUUUUUGAAUUUUAAAUUUGCAACCACUCUGGCCGACAUCAGGUUAGCUAUCACUUUUAACGCUUAAAUAUGAACUCACUUUUUACAUUUCUGUGUUUGGUUCUGGGAAUUUCUAACAAUGUAAGGCGUCAUGGUAUGAAUAUGUCAGCAAGUUUUCACUCUCCACUUCUCCUCUAACAAUACUUGGUCAGCGCAACACUUACGCACUGGCAACAUUAGGACAACUUUAUCGCUCGAGCCCAAUCCCAGAUCACCAUCAACUAAAUCUUUACAGCUCUGCUAACCACUGCCAAUGCCAAUAAUGCACUCUUGGCCUUUGCUACAGUCAAUCUUUUGUAUUUUCUGCAUCGCCAUAUUAUCCCUGGUCUUAAUGCAUCUAUUUCUGACUGUGUCACUGCAUCUUAAACAAAAUAUGGUGUCUAAUCAAGAAUUAUUAUGACCAAGCAUUCAUAUUUGGUAAGUUGGGAGUGAGAACGGUUCCAAAACGGUUGAAUGUCUCCGUUCAUUAGUAAUUGCAGAGAUUGACGCCCUGCGUUAGUUUAAGCAGGUGUGUCUAGUUUAAGCAGCACUGCUGAUCAUGUUGCAAUGAGGUGUCAACCAUGCAAUACGUCCCACUUUAAAAUCGGGUUAAAUUUUGACAGCAGCGGGGUUUUAUAACCCAUGUUGCACAAAUGUAUAAUGUUCUGUUUCUCUUUGUUUGUUUUUACUGUUGCUGACAAAAAAAAAACUCUCCUUAAGGUCCUUUGUGGACCUGCAGACAUUCCAUACUGCAAUGGCAUGUCUCUUAUUAGUAAAUGUAGGUCAUAGAUACACAAUAAUGAAUUAUUUAUCUUAUUUUUUUGUCCGUUAUGUAAACACGAUGAGAGGAAAAUCCAGACAUAUUCCUAACAGUUUGGACAUUUAUUUUCUGUAUAAAGACAUUAAAGUACUUAGAGUUUAGGUUAAAUUUUAUAUUUAGAGUACAGAUGUUAUAAUUAGCCAGAUUCUUAUUUAAAUUUCUACAGCAUAGAUAGGGUAGCUUUAACAAGACCAACUUUUGCCGUUUGCUUCACCUUGUUUUUUUUUUUUAUGACACUCAGACUUUCCUUCAGAGUUUGUUCAAAUGAAACUGGCCCCAUCCGCCGCAGUUUGAUAAAUGGCUGUUACAGUUUUUCCACAUCAGCGAUUCACCACAGGCGUAUGAAGCGCUAAGCUUCGACGAGCAGGUUGGAAAAAUUUGUCUCUCUGCUGAGCGUCACAGCAGAGCCGGGCUGGCAAACGGGCAGCCGAGCGGAUCCCAGAGGAGCCGGCAGGCAGGAAGCAUCAGGUGGCCGGCCGCAACCAGAGCAGACAGCUGGAUUGUUAAAGCAUCACACCUCUCAGAGCAGAGCGGCGUGUGCUUUCUCAUCUGGCUUCAGAUCCUAGCCACAGAGAUAAUAAUCAGCCACGCUGGUGGUCAAACUCUUCAUUUGCUGGAUAUAUUAUCAGUUUGUCCCCCUGAGCAACAAGCUGUUUAAAAUCAGUAAUAAUUUGACUCUGAGGUUUCCUGCAGUUUCUGCAUAAAAUAUCUGUUGCCAUAUGUUUCACAAGGAGCACACAGGCGAGUCUAUCGCUCUUUAAACAUCUAUUUUUUACCUUCCUUUUUAAAUAUUGGAUAGAUUUCCUGCAAACACCCUAAGUGUUAGUAUCAGCAAGUUCCACAAAUGUCAGGUUAGAAUUGUUUUGUCUGGUCUCAAAUAAUGAGUAAUU